UAGAAGAAUAACAUUAGCAAUUUAGCAUCCCCUACCGCCCUGCAAACUAUAAUUCAUUACCAAUAAUUCUACCAUGUUUCUUACACUUUUUUGCUCCUACCUUUUUCUUGAUCACCAGCUUUUUGUUUCAGACACAACUCCAAUUAGUAGCAUAACAAGUGACAGUUCUGAUCGUAAUCUGGUAGUUCCAAGCCUCGUUUCUCAGACUCCAGCUGUCCAGCAUAUGUCUCUUUGAUUCCACAACUGAAAAAAGAAGUUCCAAAUCCUGGCCUAAAUAAUGCAUUUGCAACUUAUGUGAUUCUGGUGAUCACGCUCUUGAAUGUCAUUGUGUAUAAGCUUAGGCAAUAUCAUGAAGAAGAAUAUCACAAUCAGAGUAGUCAGUCAUCAUCAACCUUUAAGAACCAGUGGCGCCUAUUUUCUUUAAAAGAGAUUCGAUUGGCUACUCACAACUUUGAUGGAGAUUUGGUUCUCGGGAGGGGUGGAUUCGGUAAGGUGUACAAAGGCCAACUGAAUGAUGGGGCCAUGACCAUUGUUGCGGUGAAGCGGUUGAAUUCUAAGUCCAGGCAAGGAGCCAGAGAGUUCUGGACCGAGAUUGAGAUGCUCUCUAAUUUUCGACAUAGCCAUCUUGUGUCCCUGAUUGGUUAUUGUAACGAGGAUCAGGAGAUGAUACUUGUUUAUGAGUACAUGCCUCAUGGCACACUUUCUGAUCACUUGUAUAAAAGCAGCAGAAAUGGCCCUGUUGUUCCUCAGCUUCUGUCCUGGGAACGACGCUUGAACAUAUGCAUUGGUGCAGCACGUGGAUUAGAUUACCUUCAUACGGGGACAGGUCUGCACCAAAGAGUGAUACACCGCGAUGUGAAGAGCUCAAACAUCCUCUUAGACGAGCACUGGGAGGCUAAAGUUUCUGAUUUUGGUUUGUCCAAAAUUGGCCCUGCUAAUCAGUCAUGUUCACACGUAAGCACACAUGUCCGAGGCACGUUUGGAUAUAUGGAUCCAGAGUAUUUCUUGACACAUAGACUGACUAGAAAAUCUGAUGUAUAUUCAUUUGGAGUUGUUUUAUUUGAAGUGCUGUCCGGAAGGCGAGCUAUGGAUAUGAAAAUUGAUGAGGCCCAGCAAGAUCUAGCACGAUAUGCUCAUCGAUGCAUUCAACAAGGAACAAUAUAUCAGAUCAUCGAUUCUACUCUUGAAGGACAAAUCUCAAAAGACUGUCUAAAGGUGUUUGUAGAGAUUGCAGAUCAGUGUUUGCUUUAUCAACACCACAAACGCCCUACAAUGGCCGAUGUCACUGCAAAGCUUGAGUUUGCCAUGGAGUUACAAAAGAGAACACCGUCUUUUGCAGACCACACAAAUCUUAUGGAUACUGGAAGGCAUUUUCACAAUCAAGAAAAUAAUGAAACUGUUGGUGUUCUUGAAAAUCAAGAGGAUACUAUUGGUGUGGUUAUUUGCAAUCAAGAGGAUAAUACUGCUGGUUUAGUUGAAAAUCAGAGAAAAUUUUCCUCUUUAAAGAUGAAAAACAAAGGUAUACUGAAACUCGUUGCUAGAAAGGUGUACAAAGCAUUUUCUAGAGGUAAGGAAAGUAUAGCGAAGAAGAAUGCAGAUAACAGCAUUUCCACUAGACUGAAACCAAGCAACCUGGAAUCAUUUGGAAGUGCACGGACACUAUCUACUGAAUCUUCUUCAUCCAUACCUCGCUCUCUGUCAGAAGAAACACGUAUCCGCCAGUUUUCAUUUCUUGAGAUUGAAGAUGCCACCAGCUCGUUCAAUGCAGAUCGAAUCCUAUCACACGGACAUCAAGGUGUGGUGUUCAGAGGCCGUAUUGAUUUUGCACAUACAGAGGUAGCUAUCACAGAAGUGAAUUUAACUAGUCAAAAAAGAGGAUAUGAAGCUUUUCGCAAUGAUAUUCUACACACUAAGAUUAGUCAUUUUCAUGUGCUGCCAUUGAUUGGAUAUUGUCGCGAAGAUAUAGAUGAUUUGUAUCUGGUGUCCAAGUACAUGUCCCACGGAUCACUAGAUUAUCAUCUCCGCGACAACAAUGAUACUCCUUUGACAUGGAACUUGAGGCUCCGGAUUUGCAUCGGGGCUGCCAAAGGCUUGAACCAUCUCCACAGAGGCAUUGUUGGUCAAAUAAUGACACACGGAAGAAUGAAGCCAGACAAGAUUCUCUUAGAUAAGAACUGGAUCCCUAAAGUCUCUGGCUAUGGCUUAUGGAAAUUAGGAACCUCACUAAUGAAUUUACCCACGUACUCGAGUCAGUUUGAUUCUUGGGAGACAUGGGCGUAUACGUCUCCAGAGCAAAAGGCACGGGCAUUGUUGACAACAAAAUCAGAUGUUUACUCAAUGGGAGUUGUCUUGCUGAAUGUACUGUUUGAUUGGAGACAAAUAAUAUCGAGUUUGGCCUCUCUUAACGGAGCACAGGAGAGUUUGUAUAUUUGGGUUAAAAAUAACAUGAGAGAUGCAAGUCUUGUUUCAUUCAUGGACUCGAAUGUUGCAGGAACAGUGACACCGGAAUGUUUCACUGAGAUAAUAGAUAUUGCUUUGCACUGUUUGAUGAGAAAUAAGGAUGAACGUCCAUCAAUGGAGGAUGUGGUGAGGAGGUUGGAGUAUGCAUUUGGUUUGCAGAAAGAUAAAACCUUAAACUUUCCUCAUAACGGUCAUAUCCGGAUGAGCAGACGGAUCAUAAACGAAGACGAGGCUGUGAGGAUGAGUAGUUGGAGGUGGAAUACGGAGAUGAGUGUUGCCAGUUUCGAUUUUGACAGUGUUGAAAUAGUUAGAUAAGUUUCUUGUAUCAUCAACAUCAAGUUUGGAGUUGAUUCUUUAUAUACUUUGUUGAAGCAAUCACACAAGGUAAGAUGUAUUCUUCAAGAGUUUAGUGGUAA